GAUGUUAGAUCUAUGCUCAUAUGGUUUUGAAAAUCUGUUUUAUCUGCAAUUUUUUUGGUAAUCAGUUUUGGAGGUCAGUUACCAUUAAUGGGUUUGUUUCAAAAUCUUCUGAAACUGGUUUAUUUGUUCCAAUGAUAACUUGAAACGAGUGUUUCAUACUUGCUCUGCUAAAGUAGUAUUUUGGGAUAUGGGUUUCUAUUCAAAUGACUAAAAAAACAGAGGGUUUCGUGGAGAUGAUUUGUUCUCUCUUUUUUAUUGAGUUCGAAUACGAUAAAUUUGUUCUCCGAGUUGGAGAGAAAGUUAGCAAGUGAAACUCCUCUAGGGUUUCAUUUAGAAAAUGUGUUUUUGAUUUUUGGUUCUCUUCAGUGCUGAAUAUGGACUGUAUUCCUUUGUUUUUUUUUUCUCAUUCAAGGAAAUGGUUGUUGUCUUUGCUUGUUUCUGGUGGUGAAAAAAAAUUCAUAUACUUUAAAGUUUAUCUAUCUUCUCUGAUUUGGUUGAAAGGUGACUACUUUUUUUUUUUUCUGGGUUUCUCUGCUUAAAUCUGUUCUGUUGAAUGACUUUAAUCUUUUUGGCUGCCAAGUGGUGAAACGAAUGCUUAUUUGGGGCUGCUCUUACUGUUCUGAAACUGUGGCUGGACGGGACAUGGAUUUUUCAGAGUCUACACGAGUUGUUUUCAACAGAAUCCAGAAACUAGAACCAGAAAAUGUUACGAAGAUUAUUGGGUAUCUACUUCUUCAAGACCAUGGAGACCGGGAGAUGAUACGGUUGGCUUUUGGUCCUGACAGCUUGAUUUAUUCCUUAAUCAACAAGGCGAAAGCUGAACUUGGGCUAUCAUCCAAACAAGCAGUUCCAGGUUUAAUUUCUCCUGGUUCCAUGAAUCCAACACCCAUUUCAGAUCUGCCCAUGCAGUUCACUCCCUUUUCACCAGCUUCUUCACGGCCAUUCUCAUCGCCGGCCACAUUUAGGGUUGCUGCUCCUUAUUGGGAACAGCAGGUCACAACUGAACAGCAAGGAGUACAAAACAUGGACUUCAUUCCACCAACAUAUGGGGAUUCUCUCUCUGAUGAGUAUCUCCACAAUCAAGCUCAGUUCUUGAGUUUGGAGGAUCAGUUAGAAGCUGUUAACUCUGUGGGAUCAGAUUUUUCAAGCAAUUAUUACUACCCUGAAUCCGCAUUGGGCAGUCUAAGUGCAAGAACCAGUCGGAGAUCUCCAAGCCUUCCUGAAUUCCCAGUGAAGGCUUGCCACUACUUCAACAAAGGGUUUUGUAAGCAUGGAACCAACUGUAGGUAUUUCCAUGGCCAGCCCUUUUUAGAUAGCUUCUCUCAGAUCUUCAGCCCAAAUUCGAAUGAGCUGGUUAAUGAUGAUCAUUUCUUCUCACCGGGCUCCCUUGAGAAAUUGGAGUUGGAGCUUACAGAGCUCUUGAAGUCCAGACGGGGCAUCCCUGUAUCGAUUGCUUCUCUGCCAAUGAUGUAUUAUGAGAAGUAUGGGAAGACCCUCCAGGCAGAGGGUUACCUCACAGAGAGCCAAAGACACGGGAAGGCCGGUUACAGUCUGACAAAGCUUCUUGCUCGAUUGAAGGAUAGCAUUCAAGUUAUUGACAGACCUCAUGGGCAGCACUCGGUGGUCUUGGCCGAAGAUGCCCCUAGAUACAAGGAGUACAGGAGUGAGAGAAGUGACCCAGGUGUAAUUGUUGCAGGGUCUCGACAGAUUUAUCUGACUUUUCCUGCUGAGAGCACUUUUACUGAGGAAGAUGUUUCCAACUAUUUUAAGAGCUUUGGGCCAGUUCAAGAUGUUAGAAUUCCCUGUCAGCAGAAAAGAAUGUUUGGUUUUGUGACUUUUGUCUAUCCAGAAACCGUGAAGAUGAUUUUGACCAAGGGGAACCCCCAUUUUGUAUGUGGCGCUCGUGUUCUUGUGAAACCCUAUAGGGAAAAGUCCAGGCUUGUUGACAGGAAGUAUUCUGAGAAAAUUGAUUCCCCAGCCUACUACCCAUCUCACUUCUUAGAAAUGGAUCCUCCUGAGCUUCAUUCAAUGUCCAGAGUCUUGGGGAAUUCUAGACUUUUCAGGGAGCAGCUAAUGGAAGAGCAUGAACAGGCUCUUGAACUCGAGAGAAGGCGUCUCACUGAAUUGCAGUUGGCACCGAAACAAUUGACACCACCAUAUUUUGGCUACUCCAUGGAUGAAAUAAAGCUGUCACAAGCUUCUGGGGAUCACAAUGAGUUCACUUCAGCUGAUCGGUUCAAUUACUUACUGGAUGUUUUAAACAAUGGUUCAACUAGUGAUGACAAAGCAAGACACACAAUCUCAAAUUACAGUGAACAGGAGAGCCAAGGUGUAAAUCUUCCUGAGAGUCCAUUUGCAUCUCCAAUACCAAGCAGUAUUUCAACAGUGAUAUAGAUUCAGAAACAGAGAUGAAAUAUAGAGGUAGAGUACUGGAUUUCGAGUCUAAUGCUUCGAAUGCAAUACAAUAGCCCCCCUCCCCCACAUGUAAAAAACUCCUCCCCAACCAAAACUCCAUUUUAGUUUUUUCCCUUUUACCCUCCCUCCCUGCAUUCAUCUCAAAGCAGCUCAUCAAGUUCCAUACGAGUUCAUACUGAGGAAGAAAGUCGGAAACAUCGAAGCUUCUUCUCCCUGAUACAUGGGGUGGAGGAGGAGGUUUCAAAUAGGAACCAAUCAUACAGAAAGCUAGAAAGCUACAUGUAACAAGUUUCUACACUUUUUCUUUUUUAAAUGUAAUCACAGAAAGCAAGCAAAAGGUUUGGAUGUUAGAAGAGAAUGUAUCAUAAUCUGCCUUAGUGGAAGAAAAAGCUACAGAAUAUGCAGGGUUCAGAGAAAAGAAGAAAGUGUAGAAUCUCUGUAACACUUGGAAACAAAUGGAAAUAAUUUUACUUAAACAAAGGGUAGUAGAAUCUUUAUACCAAAA